AACCGCAGCCUUGACGUAAAGUUACAAAGAAAGUUACACGAGAUCUCAGCGCGCCGCUUGGAGCAGCGUCGUUAUCGCGAGAUGUGAACAGCUGAUCCGGCUCCGUUUAGCGUGUUGUCGCUCGGAUAACACGUGGGGAGGAGAGAAAGAGACGGACACUGAGUAGGGACGCGUUUGGAUGGUGUUGGGUCCGGAGCACUGGAUUAAUAACUGACUUUAAUCGCGGCUGUGCAGUUCGCAGUGUCAGUAGGAAGGACAUAAAAACACGGAGCAGUACUUAGGAUACACAGGAGAUGCCACUCGGAUUUCGCUCCUUUGUCCCGUACACACUUCCUGGAGUGCUUGCACUCAUAGGCUGGUGGUGGUACAUUUCUCGCAAGAAAGCACGAAUCACCAGCCAUGACAGCGAGGAGGAACCUGCUGUGGCCCUGCAGCCUUCGCCUGCUAAGGGAACCAAUGGAAUGGUGGAGACCAUGCGCGGCAGUCCCUGCUUAGACAACGCCAAUGCCAAAGAACCGGUGUCUUCUGAGCCGGAGGUUGUAGCACGGAUUCACGCACUGGCAUCAAGCACCUCAUUAGAAGUAGCAGUCAGCUCCUUAGAGCUAGUGGAAAAGCUGAGCACCCCACCUCCUUGCAGCAUUGCAGCUACAGACUCCCAACAGAGCAGCUUUGAAGUGGACGUUAAAAAGCCCCCAGUGUUGGCGGCAACGCCGUUAAGUCUCGUUGAGGAGAGUCCUCUAUAUGAGAUAGAAGAGGCAGUUGUUCUAAGCAUGGAAUCCAACCAGUUGCCUGUUGAAGCAAAGUUGGACACUUCUGGCUCACUUGGGCAGCCUUGGGAUCAAACACUUGACAAACAGGAGACUGAUACUAAGGAAAUGACACCACUUAUAUGUCAGGCUGUGGAGUUGUCCAAAGCUGAGCGCCCAGAACCUGAAGGAGAGGUGGCUGGUGAUGUACUGGCUGUGCCAUUUGCUGAGAACGUCCAAGCAGACUUGGCAAAAGACGGUCUAUCCUCCACCAAAGAUGACUUGGCUGCCACCUCACCAGCACCUGAGGAUCACUACACUCAAGCUGCCUUACAGCAGUCUCUUGGUCUUGCCAGUCCCAUACUUCCUGACUCACAUCCAGUUUCCACCAGCUCACCGGUCUUACACGAUUUCCAGAACCACGAGAACGGAGACCUGAGCCGUCCAGUUGAGAGCAGCGACAGCACAGAGGAGCUUCAACUCCUUGCAGCUGGUCUCAUCACGGAAGUCAUUUCAUCAGCUGCCCAUGAGGUCUUGGCAGCCAGUAGCUCCUUGUCUCAGGUCAGCGAGGGUUCAGAGGUUGCUUUCAGCAUUGUGUCUACUUUAAAUGGAAAGGAAAUCGUCAGGGAAGAGAACAAGUGUGUGUCUCAGGUGGGUUCCUCUUCUGAAAGCUACAAAGAUCAUGUAGAACAGCAUGCGGCACAGAUUGCCAAGGAGGUCAUCAACGGUUGCCUCGCUCCCUCUGAUUGGGAGAAGUCUGAGACACAGGACAAUUUUGUUUUCAGUGACCAUCAGGGACAGUUAGAAUCGACUCGGAUCCUUCCCAAGGUUCAGGCCAAAGAGGAGUCUGUGAUGGGAACAGAGGAUUCAGGGUGUAGCACAUGCCAGUCAGAGGAUGGCAUCAGCAACGAGGACCUUGUCAUCAGCACAGAUUUAUCAUCGGCAGUGCACGACAGCAAAGAGGACCUUAUUCAUAUUUCAGGGAUCAUGACUUCAGAGGAAAAAGGAGAUGGACAUCAGGAAAGCUCUAAUUUAGCAGUUCUGGAAGAGACUGUGCUGAGCACGGAGCAUGCAACAACUUCCUGUGUGUUAGCGCAGGUGAAUGGGGAAGCUCUCAGGAACGGAUCCAGUGAAGCAGACGCUGAUCAAUCCGGAGGUUCGGAUGUAAACAGUAUGGAUUCAGUAGACAGCUGCUCCGCUUUGGGGACAGGAAAUGGGCAGCAGAGUGGCAGCCAGGCCAGUCAAACACAAAGCUCUGAGCUGAUUGUGUGGGAAAUAGAGGUGCCAAAGCAUCUGGUUGGUCGAUUAAUUGGAAAACAAGGAAGGUAUGUGAGCUUUCUGAAGCAGAGCUCUGGUGCAAAGAUCUACAUCUCAACUCUGCCUUACACUCAAGAGUUUCAGAUCUGCCAUAUAGAGGGCGCCCAGCAGCAGGUAGAUAAAGCAUUGGCCUUGAUUGGCAAGAAGUUUAAAGACCUGGACCUGACCAACCUGUAUGCUCCUCCAUCGCUGCCUCUCUCGCUGCCUUCCCUUCCCAUGACUUCUUGGCUCCUGCUUCCUAACGGCGUAACAGUGGAGGUGAUUGUGGUGAACAUCGUCUCUGCAGGCCAUGUGUUUGUCCAGCAGCACACGCAUCCUACAUAUCAUGCUCUGCGAAGUCUGGACCAGCAGAUGUUCAUGUGUUACUCUCAGCCUGGCACUCCUACACUGCCCUCACCCGCUGAAAUUGGAGUGAUUUGUGCGGCUCCUGCAGUAGAGGGAGCGUGGUGGCGAGCGCAGGUUAUCUCCUUCUAUAAGGAAUCUAACGAAGUGGAAAUCCGAUACGUGGACUACGGUGGCUACGACCGAGUGAAGAUUGAUGCUCUUCGUCAGAUUAGGUCUGACUUCGUGACGUUACCGUUCCAAGGGACAGAAGUGUUAUUGGACAACAUCACUCCUCUUCCUGGAGAGGAAGGCUUUUCGGCUGAAGCCAACUCUGCACUGGAAGAGAUGACACAAGGGCUACCGUUGCUUGCACAGGUUACAAAUUACGACAAUAACACAGGCCUUCCGUUAGUACAAAUGUGGAACAUGGUUGGAGAUGAGGUGGUUCUGCUGAAUCGUACGUUAGCAGAGCGAGGCUUAGCUUUGUGGGUGGACAGUUUCUGAUCCCUUGCCCCCUCCUGAUCUUCUCUCACCCUCCAUCCCCUCCUUCACUUUUUAGACCCCACCUACCCGAAGUGCACAUCAUCGGCUAGCAGAAAAUUACUUUUACAUUUGUUUUUUAAGGUUUUGCUUUCUACUCCCUUUCAAAAGAAAUUAUUGUACUGUACAGGGGGACAAUUAAUAACAGAAAAUGAGAAUCAAGCUUUGAUCAGAAAACAUCUUGUAAAAGAAAACUGAGAAAGUGGUGUAAAUUUCUUGAAAUCUGGUAAGUAAAUCAAGUUGAUAAAGUUUUCCAUCCAGCGAGGCUCUUUCAGCACAAAUGAAACUGGAUUUAAGAGCUGCACUUGUGUAUUAAACAAGGUGUAUAUUAAAAAUGUAACAAUGGUGCAGUUUGUAAAGACUGUUGAUGCUCGGGUUCCCAACUUUUGUAGCUCUGUCUCACUCGUUCACAUUAUUAUUGGAUUUAUUUCCUAGUGGUUCACUAUAGCAAGUUCCUAUGAGGUCGAGGCCCAAUGUCCCAAACACCCGUGUACAUUCAGUGUAUAGAACAGGACUCGUCCAUGUCGUGAAGAAACGCACUGUACUUUGGUGUGUGAUCCUCUACCACAGAGUCUUGUUCAUCAAUGUGGCCUUACAGAGGGAACCAAAAUCCUGCUCUCCCCUGCACACGGGAUGUGGGACAUGUCCUGCAAAUUGCCUUCAGUGUGAACAUCAUAUGCAGCUUGUUUCUGUUUGCUCUUAUUUAAGAGUCCAUUAAUCAAGAUUUUCUCAUGUAUCUCGAGGAAUACAAAAAAGCGAUGGCCUGCGCUUCACUUGAACAUGGCUCCACUACACGUUUAUCCUGACCUGUGAUUGAACUUCCACAUCAGUGCACUAAGGUGUAACGGAGCUCGAGCUCCUGUUUUGGGUAGACACUGCUGUGUCAGUAUGCAUGCAGUCCUGUUCAGAGCACAUCACAUCAACCCACGGUUCACUAUCUAACGAGGCUUUGCGUAAACACCAGACGAGGUUAGAUCAAUUGUUUGUAGUCUACUCUGCCCACACUUCGGUCCUUUAGAUCAAAACGGCCAUCAUGGUCAAUAUCUAAUGUCUGUAGUCUGAAAUGUUUUGAGUGUCCACCAUUUAAUCAGUCUCAUUAUGCUGGCUGCUAAAAUAAGUGCUCUGGUAAUAUUGGUUUGUAAAACAUAAAAAGCUUUACGAAGUCUCCAUUUUUUCCCCCCUCCUAUAGUUGGGUUUGACUUGAGGAAUGCUCUGUUGCUGUUAUGGUAUUUUGUUCAAAUGAGUGUAAACCACUGGGAUUUUUAUUAUUAUUAUUAUUAUUUGUGUGUGUGUGAGAAUCAGGGCUCACUCGUCCAGUUUUCUGCUGCUAUACUACUUCCAUCCUAAUGUUGCCAAUUUCUAAAAUUUCACCAGCUAAUUUCAUUUGGUCUGUUAAUUCAUUUGUUUUUACAUGAGCACUAAUUUCCCUUUAUGAUUUGCUUCUCUUUGGUUAUAUGUGUGCUGCUAUAGUAAUUGACGAAAAAAAAACUACAUCUGUCUGGUUUCAACCUAACUUCAAAACUUGAAUUGUUUUUCCCUUGAAUUUUGUUUCUAAAAAGAUGAUGAUGAUUUAUUAUUGUGUGAAACUGACAGCCUUGUAAACUGUUAAAGGAUAUGUUUCUAUAGACUACAAAGGGACGUGCACUUUUCUGUAACCUCACUCUCUCUGAAAUGCUAUAGGAUCUGUACUGUCUGUGGAAUGGGCUUUAUUUUUCCCUGUCUGGUGCUCAGGUUGUUGGAUGUCUUGUCUGAAGCUGUGGAGAGAAAAAUAAAACAUUAACACACCA